AUGCAGCGUCCACCAUCACCCACGAAGAGCACUUCGCAUCACAACCGCGCGCAACCACCAUCACCCUCUCCCAAACCGCGAGCCUCCAUCCACCAAACCCCAUCUACCGCGUCCCCCAGCCCAGCGGUAUCCGCCGCUCUCCAGGGCGCUACACUCGCGUUUAACAAGCAAAAGCAGGCCGCGGUGGAUGCGGCUGCGGCUGCGGCUGCGGCUGCGACAGGGAUACCCGGGGCUAGAGGAGGAGGAGGCGGCGGAGGCGGGAAUGUUGUAUCGCGUGGCCCGUCACCGUUGAGGGAGAGUGCGACCUCUUCUCCGGUUUUGGGGCCUAGGCCAGGGUUAGGGAUAACGAAUACAGGGUCGAAGAGCGGGCUGGGGAAGGGGAAUGGCGCGUUGAUGGCGGCUACCCAGGCUGCCAGGGAUCAUGUGGUUUCAUCGCGAUCGUUGAAGGGCACGGGGACGCCUGGGCGUGUGGGAAGCGUGGCUCAGCACUCAACGGGCGGUAGUUAUGCUGCUGGUGGUUCUGGUGGGUAUGAUCAGGAGAAUGGGUUGGCCGCUGGAGAUGGUGGUGGUUAUUUUCAGAAUGGUCAGGUUGCACAGAGGCCGAAGGAGCUGCAUCCUGCGAGCGCUGGCCGGAUAAAUGAUACGCUGCUCACCCCUCCAGCUGGUAGGUCAGGUACGGAUGGCGGGAGACAAACCCCGUUGACAUCGCCCUCGAUGAUCGCCGCUACCUUAGCCGCGAGCCGGUCUGGCUCGCCCGCGAGGGGUCAGAUACCGCAACUGGAUCUGAGCAGUGGAGUGGCUAUCCAGAGCAGGGGACAGAGUGUGGACGCUGCGAGCGUCGCGGCGAGUUCUGUGGGGCUGGGGCUGAAGAAGAAGCAGUCUGAGGCGGAAGUCCUUGACACGGCCUCGAUCCUGCCGACGACGUCUUUGGUAUCGCUGUUUGAGCAGAAGAGGCACGACGACGAGGUUGAUCCUGUUAAGAAGAGGGCACCGUCGCGCAGGAGAUCUCCGGACUCGGAUGUGCAAUCGGGGGUGAGUGUGGCACCGCAGGAGCUGCAGAAGAAGGCGGUCGAGCAGGCACCAAAGCCAAAACCGAAGCCGAAGCCAAAGCCGAAGCUAGAGCAGCAGGUCGAUACGGAAAAGCAUCCACCACGGACACCCGCUGAGUCUGUAAAGAUAUCACGUCCCGGUCCGACCCCGCCCCCAUCAAGGGUAGUCAAGGUUAUCAAACCGGUUGGGCCUGCUGUACCACCCAUAACUGCUGAGCAGAAUGGGAGUCAAGAAGGUGCCCCUUUCAGCUUGGCCGGGAACCCGAAAACUAGACAGGCAUCCCACAGCUCAACAUCCUCCAACGAGACGUUUGUAUCAGCCUCUUCCAUCCCAUCACGGGCCCCAUCACCGCCACCAAGGCAAAUUAACAGGACACCACAACGGCCGGCCCCGCCAGCCCGCAGCCCUUCCUCCCGAUCCAUGAUCACGACCCCCGCACCGGCCGAACUCACGCCCAACCUCAACCUUCAAACCCUCACCGACGCCAUGGUGGCCAGCAACCUCGCCUCAGCCCGCCUCACCCCAGCAACACCCUCUCAACCACCUCCCGUACCCGCCCCCCGCCGCUCCGGCCGAAGCCCUCUCCAGCCCCACCACACCGCGGACAGCAUCCGCUCUCAGCUUACGGGCGGCACAAACGGCGGCAGCCGGACGCCGCAGUCCCAACAAAAAACGGGCAUGCUCCACACGCUGCGCAGCCCCCACUCCACUUCGCUAUCCGACGACGAGGAUGCGCGCCGAAAACAGCAGCAUCAUCAUCGCCGGCGAAGUAAGGUGCUCCUGGGCAGUGGGAACAAGAAACAUGCGCACCAUGAAGGGUCGCGGAGGCGCUGGCGUGAAGAGAUUACCAUACGAGAGCGUAGACGGUAUGAGGCUGUGUGGGCGAGUAACCGGGGCAUGUUUCUGGGCGAAGGCUGGGGGGUUCAAGUCAGUCAGUCCGCCGCUGAAGACGCAAGGGAAGCAGCAGAAGCAGCAGCGGACCUAGUCCUCAACAUCGUCGCCCGCGAUAUCUGGGCGCGCAGCCGCCUCCCGGCCGACGAGUUGGCCGAGGUCUGGGAUCUGGUCGACCGUGGCGGACGCGGGGCGCUGGCUAAGGACGAAUUUGUCGUCGGCUUGUGGCUGAUUGACCAGCGUCUGCGCGGGCGCAAGAUCCCGGCGCGCGUGAGCCAGAGCGUGUGGGAUAGCGCGGGCUCGGCGGGGAGGCAGGGGGUUGUGGUUGUGCCUGUGCCUAGGGCGAGGCGGUGA